AUGGCGGCCCAUCGAACACCAGUCCGCUUCGUGCUGAACGAACGUGAGAUCGAGCUCUUGCGGAAACACUUGUCCAAAGCCUCAUCCAAGGCGGACUUUACCAUCACCGAGAAGUCGACCACAAGCCCGAAUGACUCUCUACCGGAGCGGGACGACCACAAUGCGGCGGCAUUUCGCUCUGCUACGCGUGUCUUCCUACUCACGCUUGGAUCUCUUCGUGGAGCUGAUGCACUCCUCGGAUACCUGUCCCCCCGUCAAUCCCAAACAGCCACCCGGUCAAGGAAACCGCUUGUCGCAUCUAAGUUCAAAUUAGCCCUGUCCUUCUCGUCGCUUCUCUAUCUGCAUUCCAUGCUGUACCGCAUCCUAUCCCGAUUACGGCUUCGACUACUGCACGAAAAGGUACGAAACAUCCGCGAGCGAUACCCGAAAAUAUACGCGGCGCUCACCUCACGCAUUGCACCAGCAGUCGGAGCGGGUCUGUCGGGACUUGCGCUGGGCAUUUGCCCUGCCGAUCAACUACGGGUGUCCUUGGUGAUAUACGUCGUCUGCAGGGCGUUAGAGGUUGCCUACGCCGCCAUCGAGCAUACGGACCUGGUCAGGAACAAGCCAAGCUGGCUGGGAAGCUGGCUCCUCUUUGCCCUUUCUCAGGGUCAACUUCUUCACGCGCUCGUGUUUGACCGGGACUGUUUCCCUCGGGCAUACGGAGACUUCAUCCUAGGAUAUUCGCCGGAAUACAUUCAGCGACGGCCACCGAACAUGUCUCCAAAGGUGGUAUGGCCAUCCUCGGACGACAUCAUCGAUGGGUUGGCUCAGAUGGCGAGAUUGAAGUGGCCGCCGUUUGAAUCGCCCAUCCUAAACCCGAAUAAGGUCAGCACCUUGCCUAGCAGCAUCGAUCCCACCAUCUCACCCAUCACUUCUCGUGCCCAUCCGGCUAUUUCAAAACUGUCGUGCGCGCUGAUCCACCCGUCGGAUCCGUCCUGCUUCAUGGCCUAUCUGCGCCAGAACCUGCUUGCUUUUCCCCAACUGGCCCGCUUCUACGCAAUGUACUAUGGAGCAUUCUCGCUGCUUCGAAUCAAGAAGAUGAUCCGUGAUCCAAUCACCUCGCUCAACAGACUCUCGGAAUCCGUCUUGCGUUCGACCUUGGCGAUAUCGGGAUCCAUUGGUGUCGCGUGGGGCAGUAUUUGUCUGUUCCAGGUGCUUUUGCCUCGCGUGGUAUUGCCCAAGUUUCGGUUCUUCGUGGGCGGGUUCUUGGGAGGCAUGUUUCAACUCUUUGACCGUACGCCAGCUGGGCACAUGACUUCCCUUUACGCGGCGAGAACGAGCGUCGAUUCUCUUUGGAAGGUCGGGGUCAAGCAUAGAUGGUGGAAAGGCAUCCGCGGGGGUGACGUAUGGUUGUUUGUGGCCGUGUUGGGACUGAUCAAUGUCGUGUACGACCUAGGCAAGGAUACCCCCGCUGGCAAAGACUCGACAAUGACCUUGAUCAAGCUCUUGCGUGGAGAAAUUGAGGUUGGUAUCCCGAAGAAGAAACAACAGGUCGAAGACGUCAAGAGCGAAGAGGUGCAGACUGAGGAUAAGACGUUGUGA